AUGAGUGACCCCAGGACAGCGCUCAAGGUCAGCGCCAACAGCGGGAGGCGGGACCGGCAUCCCUCCUCACAAUGCAACCCCGGCAAUCUCAUCGCCCCUGGCAUGCCAAAGGUUCCACCGGACCUGCAGGAAGUGCUCUCAAACAGAAGCAGCAAACGAUCUGUUUCUUCUGUAGCAGUAGCUCAGAGCCGAACGGCGGGCGCCGCAGAGGAGCAGGAGGCUGUGGCAGGCGUGCAGGGAGCAUUUACAACCUCUUCGGGCCGCCGCACAGCCGCGACGGCAGAGAAGAGCACCCCCGACUGGCGGCGGGCGGCGACGCCCCGGCAGCGUGGGACGAGCAGCAGCAGCAGCAGCAUGCUGCCGCGGCAACAGCACCGGGCGGCCUGGAGCGCUGCCCUGGCCGUGGUGGCGUGCUUGGGCCUUGCGGCGGCGCCCCUGGCAGCUCACGCGGCCGUCAAGCUUGGUGGCGACACAGACAUGGAGGGCAGCAGCCUGCUCACGCCCACCCGAGGCGAGGUCAUGGGGCGGACGUUCUACUUUGAGAUCCCUCACAACCCUGUUGGCGUGCUCUUCAUGGCCCACGGCUGCGUGCACGACGCCGCCGACUUCUGGCCACCCAGCAAGGCCUGCCCCGAGUGCUCAGGCCUGCCCGAGGAGGUGUCUCACACCAAGCAGGCGCUGGCGCGGGGCUACGCCGUGCUGGCUGUUGACUCCAAGGAUCGGGACCCCAUGAGCCGCUGCUACUCGUAUGGGGAGGACAAGUGGGGAGUCAAGUAUGUGCUGGAGAACUGGAUGAGGCAGUACAGCCUCCAGGCGCUGCCCGUCUUUGGGCUGGGCAUCUCCGCUGGCGCCUCCUUUGUGCUGCGCCUGCCCAAGCUCACCCGCGUCAACGGAAUCAUCUCGGAGGUGCUGGGCGCCACCUACGAGACCUUCCCUGUGGACAACCUGGGGGCCACCUACCCGCCCACCAUUUUCAUCGACAUGCAGAGAGACCGCACAAUGACAGCCCGCAUCGCGCAGAGCAUGCAGAAGCUCAUGGAGAACAGCGUGCCCACCGCCAAGAUUGCGGUGGACCCCCGCCCCGUCACCCGCUCCUUCUUUUCCGACCGCUCUGAGUUCAUCUCGCCCGAGCUGUCCCGCCGGAUCGUGAGCGGGCUGCACCAGAUCGGCAUGAUCGACGACGCGGGCAUGGUGACCUCCGACCCGCGGUACACCACGCAGCCGUGGCGGGACCAGCUGGCGGAGGUGUUGCCUGAGCUGGAGCCUGACACCGGCGAGACCGCGGGCCCCGCCUCCGACUGGGCCCUGAUCAGCGAGCAAAUGAACCUGGCCUGGGCCACCCACGAGAUUGUGGGGGACCACUUGGCCGCCAGCCUGGCGUGGCUGGAGUCGGAAGGCACCGCCGCCAUCGACCAGCUCGAGCGGGAGCUGCAGAUCAAGCGGCAGACCGCCACGCUGUCGGCCGACCGGCAGCAGCAGCCGGAGAUGCAGGACGACGAGGCGCUCAAGGAGGCGGCCAAGCAGGUGGCGGAGCAGCUGGCGACGACCACCGGGGAGCGGGACAACUGGGGUGACCUGUAUGCCGCGUACGUGGCGUGGCUCAAGGCCAACCCCACCGCCGCCAUCACCUUCCCCGCCUGGCGCGCCGCGUACGCGCCGGGGCGCAUGGGCUACAAGGACGCGGCGCACGCUGCGGAGGAGCGGGCGGCGGCGCGCGCGGCGGCGGCGGCGGCAGGCGCGCGUGGCGAGGCGCUGCCGGGGGCGCGUGAGGCGCUCGGGGUGGCGCCGCAGCACACCUCCCUGUGA